GUGCGGGUUGGGUGUGAGUGGGAGUUGAACUUCUAUACUUUCACUUAACGUUUGGUGUGCAGAUUUUAGUGGGGUUAUACGGUACCUACGUGCGAACUUUGCUUUGUUAACUUCUUUUCUGGUCUAUCUUUCGUCUAUCUCUUGUCGGCUGCUGCGGAUCGUUUGCCCUGGUCUAUCGCGGCUUCCUGGCGCCAUGGAGAAGCAGAUCCAUCUUCAGAAUUUCGACGAUGAGGGUGUGCUAAGGCCGAGAGAGAGACACCUGGUGUCGGGAUCUAAGGGCCAGGAGUUCGAUCGCGAUAGGUAUGAGUUGGCGAGAGUGGGAAAAGAGCAGGUGUUGAAGCGUCGCUUUGGAUUGGUAUCAAUGACCGGUCUAUCAUGCGGCUUGAUGUGUACUUGGGAGACGCUGCUCGUUGUUUUCUCAAUAGGGUUCAACAACGGCGGACCUGCCGGUCUUAUAUACGGCUUCAUCCUCAUCUGGCUCGGUAACUUCUCUGUCUUUAUCUGCAUUGGGGAGCUGGCUAGUGCGGUACCCACGGCUGGAGGUCAAUACCAUUGGGUGUCGCUGCUGGCACCAAGGUCAAGCAACAAGUUCUUCAGCUAUGUGACAGGCUGGCUCACGGUAAUUGGAUGGAUUGCAGCUCUAACUUCCGUAUGCUACUUUGUUGCCGACCUCAUCCUACAACUCGUCAGUUUGAACGACGUCAAUGGGACUUAUGCGCGAGAAGGGUGGCACGGCACGCUCCUCCUAUGGGCUCUCCUGCUCCUUUGCGUUUUCAUCAACGUAUUCAUCAGCGGUGCGCUACCCACCAUCGAAGUUCUUGUGCUGAUCGUACAUAUCCUUGGUUUCUUCGGCAUCCUCAUCCCGCUGGUUUACCUCACGCCAGCACACAACUCGGCCAAAGAUAUUUUCUCGAAAUUCCACAAUGAUGGCGCGUGGAGCACCCACACGUUGGCGUUCUUCGUCGGUCUACAAGGUAAUGCCUUGGCUUUUGUCGGAACAGACUCUGUCGUUCACAUGUCUGAAGAAGUCAAAAACGCAAGCACCGAAGUCCCCCGCUCCAUGCUCCUCAGUCUCGCUAUAAACGGCACCCUAGCCCUAGGCAUGCUCUUCGCCGUCCUCUUCAGCGCCGAUGACAUCCCGCACCUACUCCAAGACCAAGACGCCCAAACCGCUCCCUUCCUCCGCAUAUUUCAACAUGCCGUCGGCUCAAAAGCCGGCGCCACAGUCAUGGUUUCUAUUAUCGUGCUGCUCGAAUUCUGCAGCGCAAUGGGCUGUCUAGCCGCCGCAUCACGCAUGACAUGGUCUUUUGCACGCGACCGCGGCUUGCCCUUUUCGCGAGCCUUAAGCAUGAUUGACAAACGCAGCACCAUCCCCGUCAUCUCCAUCCUCAUCGUAACCCUCUUCGCCGCCCUCCUCGCCCUCAUCAACAUCGGCAGCAGCAUCGCCUUCAACGGCACAAUCUCACUCGUCCUCGAAGGCUUCUACCUCUCCUACUUACUCGCCGUCGCGCUACUCCUCUGGCGGCGUCUCCGCGGCGAUCUCGACGACGGCCCUGGCGCAGCGAUGCAAGCCGACGCGGAGACGCAAACACAAACAGAAGUGCAAGAAAAGAGGUUAUCCUGGGGCCCCUGGCGCCUCCGCGGUGCACUGGGCGUAGCGAACAAUGCUAUAGCGAUUGUGUAUCUUUGCCUCAUUAUUUUCUUCAGCUUCUGGCCUACGCAGGUGAAUCCGGAUUUGCAGAGUAUGAACUGGGCGGGGGUCGUGACGGGGGGUGUGGCGGCGUUUAGUGUACUGUAUUAUGUGCUGCUUGCGAAGAAGUCGUAUACGGGGCCGGUGGUUGAGGUUGAUCCGCGGGCGUUGUGAGUAGGUAGGGUGGUUGUUGUUGUGGUGACUGGAGAGAUAUACUGUAAGAUUGGGUAUGAUUCAUCACUAUGAUUGAGGCAUAUAUUGCCGGCUGAAAAUAGGGGAACUUAUGUUUUUGGAGAUUUUCGUAUAGUCAUGGUAUGCUUGUUUCACAAAAUGGGCAGGAUAGAUACAUUAUUGUCUUCAUUUGGUGUGUUAGCAAUGUACAAAAUGGCAUGUGAAUCUCAC